AUGCAACUGCACAAACACCAUGAAUUUGGCAAUGAAAGCCAUAAUAACAAGGUGAACUUUGAACCCUCUGGAUUACUAGCUAAAGAAUCAAACUCUCUAAAUGGAGUGUUUUUAAAGGAUGCAAGAGUAGUGAAUAUAAGUUUACAAGAAGAAUCAGUUGAAGAUCAACAUGCAGUAAUACAGCAUAGGAUUAAUAAGAAAGGUGUUCCCACAAUAUAUAUAAUAGAUUUAGAUAGUAAAAAUGGUACAUUUAUUAAUGAUGAAAAAAUAGAACAAAGAAGAUAUUACGAGUUAAUUGAAAAAGAUUCAAUCCGAUUUGGUAAUUGUAAAGAUGAAUUUAUUUUACUACAUGAUGAGAUGAUAUAA